AUGCGCCAGGACACACUCAUGUCUUCUUCCGACGCUGUCUUGCUCUUUGAUGCCGGAGCAGGUCAAGCCCAAGGAGACAGAGAAUUCCAAGAGGACCGCCAUGUGAUGAUUCGACCGGGCCAGUUUCCUGCAGACACAGAGGAUACGCUUGCCUAUUUUGCAAUAUAUGAUGGACAUGGCUCCGAUCUCGUUUCCGAGCAUGCGACGAAAAACUUGCAUGGCCUGUUGGCCCGACGACCUGAGCUCAAAGAAGGGGAAUACGUCCAAGCCAUCAAGGGCGCCCUGGCGGACGAGGACGCCCUUCUGAUGGACGACUUCAAACACGACUAUGCAGAGCCCGCACUCUCCGGAUCAACCGUGGCCAUGUGCCUGAUCAAUCUGACGCAGGGAGAGCUGAUUUGUUCCAACCUGGGGGACUCGCAUGUCAUAUUCGCGGAACGUGAUCCGAAGACGGAGAUGCCGUACCACAUCCGCCGGCUCACCAAGGCACAUAAGCCCGACACGCCCGACGAACAGGCGCGCAUCAAAGAGGCCGGGGGAAAAGUCCAGGUGCGGGGUGGGGUUCCUCGAGACGUAGGAUCCCUGAAUAUGUCCCGCGCGUUGGGGGAUUUGCAGUACAAAAAACCGGUGAACACCAUUCAGAAAGAGGGCUGGAUCCCCGGGACCCGACGCGCCUCGUCGUCAUCCAAGCACGUCCAUGGAGACGUCCUAUCCAAUGACCCGUAUACGUCGAGACGCACGUUGCGGACUGGCCUGCGUUACCUACUGGUGAUCGUAUCGGAUGGAGUCAGCGACCGCACCGACGACGCGGGCCUGAUCCAGCACGUGAUGAAACUGUCAAUGCGGGGAAUGCGCGCGAGUGAGAUUGCACAGGCAGUGGCCAGCGAUGCGGCGAGUCAUCCGCGGAGUGAUAAUGCAUCGUGUAUUGUGAUCAUGAUAGAUGGACAACGAUCGUAA